AUAAGAUCAAACAGAACGUUUAAAAUUUUAUUAAUUGUUAUCUAUUCUGAUUGUUAUUUUAUCAGUUUAACGUAUUGAUUUCAGUUUGUUUUUUUCGAUUCAUAUGAACAGUUGAUCAUAAAUGGCAAAUCUUUUACCCACGGAAACUCUCCAAAUUUUAAAAUGUACCCUUUGUAAUGAGCUACUAACAGUACCACCAAUCUUAACAAUAAGCCAAGAUGCCACGAAACACAAAUGUGGCAGAUGCAAAGACAUAGAAACCGAAAUUUCCUCUAGAAACUUAAUUUAUGAAAAAGUAGCUGAAUUGUACAGCUAUCCAUGCACAUAUUCAGGUUGCAAAGAAGUCUUAAAAUGGAAUGACAUAGAACAACACGAACUGAAUUGCGUCCAUAGAACGUUAACGUGUCCCGUGUCAUGGAGUUGCAACGAAACGAUUAGUAUUGCUGAAUUAAACUCGCAUUGUCUUGUAGAACAUAGAAAAAACGUCUUCAAAGAUAACUUAUUAAUUUCUUUUGAUGAACCAUUGGAUAAGAGUAAAAUAACGGUGAUGUUAUUUAUUCAAAACAAUACCUCAUUUUUGGUAUUCCGUGUAGUUACAACGGAAAAUAUUUGGAUAAAGGUAUUUUCUUUCCUUCCUCUCUUCAAUUGUAUGUACGACUUUGAAAUUUGCACUUCAGCUGACGAAUGUUGUUUGAGUUUCAAAAAUCCUGUAGAAAUGUUUAUGGAAAGGAAGCAUUGCAAGAAAUGUAUCAUGAAUGAUUGCAAUAAUGAAUUACAUAAAAAAGGUAAAAAAAAAAUUGAUAAAGCCGUAUACGAAGCUGGUUUUCAGAAGAUUGACAAAAAUAUGGUUGUACAAUUAAAAUUGGUUGAUUUGAAGUUAAAGGUUAUUUUUGGUCAUGAAAAACGAAAGAGUAUAUAUUCUUUAUGAUGAAAUUGUAAAUAAAAUAAAUGUCUUAUAUCUUCUGAUAGUUUUAUUAUAAGAACAAUAUUUUGUGUCCCUUUAUCCUAAUUUAAAUUAAUUAAUUAUUUUAUGGUCAGUGGCGGCUCGUGCGAUUACAGUUUGAAUAUUUAGUAGUAGAAGAAAUUCUGAACAAUUAUAAUAAUACGUGCUUAAAAAUUUGUCAAAUUCUUAAACAUUUCCCUUAUUAUGGGAUACUGAUGACUAAUGCUAAUGCAUGUCUUCCUUAAAAUAUUGGUAUAUCUUUG